ACAUCCAUGGCGUGCAUUAGCAUUGAGAUGCGUCCGAGAUCACUGUCAUCAAGCCCAAGCUGGAGUACUUGGGCAUAUCAACCAAUGGAAAUUCUUUAUCAGGGCAAGAAGCGCAUCUUCUUGGGGGAGAAACAGGAAACGAUCGUGAAAGGGAUGCAAUGAGCGUGGUGGUGCUGCAGCUUGGGCAGGGUGGAAACCAGUAUGGGCUUGCGCUGUUCAAUGCAUUGGCCUCCUCGCGCGGAUCACCCUUGCCCUGCGAGUUUUUCGAAGAGAGCGGGAGCAGAGGCGAGCUCCCUCGAGCAAGAGCGCUUCUCAUCGACAUGGAGCCCAAGGUGAGCAGCAGCAUUGCCAUCUUUCCUUUCUCUUGCCGGGUGAUCUUGCUGAGCUUGGCGCUCGCAAACAAAUCUAUACAGGUUGUGGCUGCGGUGACCAGAAAGGCGAAUGGAGGUGGUGCUUGGAAGUAUGACUCGCGCAGCUGCUUCACUCUCGACAGUGGAUCUGGAAAUAACUGGGCUGCGGGCUACUGCAGCAACGGAGUUACAUGUCGCGAGCCAGUGUUGGAGCAAAUUCGCCUCAAGGUUGAGAAAUGCGAUUGCUUUGGAGGUUUCCUCGGCAUCCAGAGCUUGGCUGGUGGUACUGGAGCUGGUUUCGGAGCUUACGUUCUGGAAGCUCUCAAGGACGAGUAUCCAUCCGCUUGCAUCUUCAGCCACAGCAUCUGGCCCUUCCAGAGCGGCGAGGUCGUCGUCCAAAACUACAACGUCUUGCUCACGCUCGCCAAGCUCCACGAAGUCGUGGACGGCAUCAUCACGGUGGAGAACGACUCCCUCGUCGCGGCUUGCAAGAAAACUCUCGGAAUCCCAAGCCCUUCGUUCGUGGAGAUGAACAGCGCCGGAGCUCACGCUCUGGCCUCGCUGCUGCUACCUUCGUUUUGGAGGCCCAUCCAAGCCUCGCAAGCUUCAACUUGCAACUCCUCCCAGCUCCGAGUGAGGCUCCUCUCCGACUUGGCCUACGCUCUGUGUGCUCAUCCGGCGUACCGAAUGCUCACAGUCUACUCCACACCACAGGUCCGUGUGGAGUCCCUCGACUUUACAACUUUCGCGUGGCCAUCGCAGCUCAAACAGCUGAAACGCAUCGCGUAUCCGGUGGAGCUGGAGCAAGUCCCCGGCGACACGAGGCUGGCCAAGUCGGUGCAAAAAUCGGUGGCGAGUUUGCUGGCGCUCCGGGGCCCCGGUGCCGGGACAGCCGACGUGAGCGUGAUGAGGGAGCCGAGCUUAUACCCGAGCUGGUGCAUCGAUCCUCUAAACGUCUGUGCCAACGACAAGGAGAUGAUCAAGGAUGGAGGGCUUGCUGCUGGGAUGAUGAGCAAUUGCCAGGGUGCCAUUCUUCCGGCGUCCAAGGCCCUCACUCGAGCUUACGCCAUGUUUUACUCCAAGGCCUACCUUCAUCAGUAUUUCAAGCAUGGCCUGGACGCUUCCUUCUUUGAGGCUGCGUUUGCCACUGUGGAAGACGUUUGCCAUAGCUAUAGCAUUCUCUAAAGGAAGUAUAUAAUUUUAUCCUCGAUAGAA